AUGCGCCUUUCCAAAGCCCUAAUAGACAUGGAGAUGGCAGAUUAUAGCGCAGCGCUAGACCCGGCGUACACCACCCUGGAGUUUGAGAACAUGCAGGUGCUGGCUAUGGGCAACGACACAUCUCCAUCAGAAGCAGCCAACCUCAACACUUCCAACAGCAUUGGCGUGAGCGCGCUGUGUGCCAUCUGUGGGGACCGUGCCACGGGGAAGCAUUACGGGGCUUCCAGCUGCGAUGGCUGCAAAGGCUUCUUCAGGAGGAGCGUCCGGAAGAACCACAUGUACUCCUGCAGGUUUAACAGGCAGUGUGUGGUAGACAAAGACAAAAGAAACCAGUGCCGAUACUGCAGGCUUAAGAAGUGCUUCCGAGCAGGACUGAAGAAGGAAGCUGUACAAAAUGAACGGGACCGAAUCAGCACCCGGAGAUCAAGCUAUGAAGACAGCAGCUUGCCCUCCAUCAAUGUCUUACUGCAGGCAGAAGUCCUGGCACAACAGAUAUCAUCCCCAGUUUCUGUGAUCAACGGAGACAUCCGAGGGAAGAAGAUUGCCAACAUCUCCGAUGUGUGUGAAUCCAUGAAGCAGCAGCUGCUGGUGCUGGUGGAGUGGGCCAAGUACAUCCCUGCCUUCUGCGAGCUGCCCCUGGAUGACCAGGUAGCACUGCUGCGAGCACAUGCAGGGGAACAUCUGUUACUUGGAGCUGCCAAGAGAUCCAUGGUGUUCAAGGAUGUCUUGCUGCUAGGAAAUGACCACAUCAUCCCACGGAACUGCCCCGAACUGGUGGAGGUGAACCGCGUGGCCAUCCGCAUCCUAGACGAGCUGGUCCUCCCCUUCCAGGAGCUGCAGAUAGACGAUAACGAGUAUGCCUGCUUGAAAGCCAUCAUCUUCUUUGACCCAGAUGCCAAAGGACUGAGCGACCCCUCCAAGAUCAAGCGGAUGCGGUAUCAGGUGCAGGUCAGCCUGGAGGACUACAUCAACGACCGGCAAUACGACUCACGGGGCCGCUUUGGAGAGCUGCUGCUGCUGCUGCCUGUGCUCCAGAGCAUCACCUGGCAGAUGAUAGAACAGAUCCAGUUUGUCAAGCUCUUCGGCAUGGCUAAGAUUGACAACCUGCUGCAGGAGAUGCUGCUGGGAGGCUCAUCAAGUGAAACGCCACAUGCUCACCACCCCCUGCACCCUCACCUGAUCCAGGAGAAUCUGGGAACAAAUGUCAUUGUGGCCAACACCAUGCCUCCUCAGAUGCACAAUGGGCAGAUAUGUGAGUAUGGCCAGGUAGCUACUCCAGAAACUCCACAGCCAUCUCCACCUGCGGGCUCAGGACCAGAGCAAUACAAGCUGCUGCCCGGAGCCAUUGCAACUGUGACAAAACAGCCCACCUCCAUCCCACAACCCGCCAUCACGAAACAGGAGGUCAUCUAG